ACCAAGAUCUGAGUUCAAAACGUCUGCUCUAGGCAAUUGGCAAUACAACCAAAUACAACAGAACAGCAAAGCCAACACCCACCGCCGGGACAACGUCAUCCAGGCAGUCAUGGGAUUCCUCCAGAAGACCUCCAAGCAGACAGCGAAGCUCAAGUCCCUCCUCGUGCUCGCCGUCUCCCGCAUCGCCGUCGCCCGCCGGCCACGCCUUGCUCGCAAGUCCAUUGCCUGCAGCGAUGUUAGCCAGCUCCUCGUCCUCGGCCACCUCGACCGUGCCCUCCACCGCGCAGAGCAGGUUAUCCAGGAGGACAACAUGCUCGAGGCGUUCGGCAUCAUAGAGCUCUACUGCAAGCGCCUCAUCGAGCAGGCUGAGCAGUUAGACAAACCGCAGGAGUGCGGUGAGGAGCUACGGGAAGCGGCAGCCAACAUCAUGUUCGCCGCCGGGUGGUGCGGCGACCUGCAGGAGCUGCUGUUUGCCCGUACCAUCCUCGCAGACAAGUUCGGCGGCGACUUUGCAGCCGCGGCCAAGGAGGGCACCGGCAUCGUCGAUCCCAUCUUGGUCUGGAAGCUGUCAGGAAACACAACAAGCAUGCAACUGAAGAAGAAAGUGACAAAAGAGAUCGCCGCGGAGAACAACAUCUUGGUGGAUUUCUCCGAGCUCCCAGAAGCAACGGAGGACGACGACGAUGUCUUGGUGGACUUCUUUGAGCUCCAAGAAGCAACCGAGGAGGGCAACAACAGCGUUCCAAACAGUCAGGACCUCCUCGGCGAAAUGUCGUGCCAGGACGACAUGGAUGGAAGUUCAGAGUCAGGCAACGAUAAUGUGCACAUCGCUACCAGCUCUGAUGGAUCAGACGACGAGGUUAUAGGCCGGCGUAACCGAAGGUGGUGGCGACUCGGCUGCGCAUGAGAAUCGAGAAGAUGGCCUUCCUCUGCAUCCAGCUAUAAGAUGUAACGAUAUGGGCAGGACAAUGCAUUUGUACUUGUACAUGUGCACCCAUCAAAUUGUGAAUAGACAUGAAUACACACAUGUGUACUUAGAUACU